AUGGUGAAGUUGUUGACAUCAUAUAAUGAGCAAGUUGCUAAAGUUGCUUUGAAAAAUGCUCCACAAAAUGCUAAGCAUACAUCUCCAGCAAUCCAAGAAGAGAUUUUACAUAUCUUUGCUAAUAAUGUUAGAGUUACAAUUUGCAAUAAAAUUGGAAAGGCAAAAUUUUGUUUAAUUAUGGAUGAAGCUCGAGAUAUUUCGAAAAGGAAACAAAUGGCUCUUGUUUUAAAGUUUGUUGAUAAAGAAGGUUUUAUUGGGGAGCACUUUCUUGAUCUUGUGCAUGUUAAAGAUACCACUGCAGCUACAUUUAAGAAAGAAAUAUUUGAUGUCCUUUCGCAUCAUAAUCUUAGCUUCAAAAAUUUUCGGGGGCAAGGAUAUGAUAGUGCAACUACUCGGGUUGCUGAAAUUGCUCAUUUGAUUGCUGUUAAUGAGAUUGAUACUGGUAGAGGAGUUAAUCAAAUUGGUACCUUACAACAAGCAGGGGAUACUAGAUGGAGCUCUCAUUUCAAUUCAGUUUGCAGCUUAGUAUGGAUGUUUGGCCCUACUUGUUCUGUUCUUUCAAAUAUCAUUGAUGAAGGCACAACAUCCUCACAGCGAGGUGAUGCUAAUUUUGCAUAUGAUUUGAUAAUGUCAUUUGAAUUUGCAUUUGUACUGUAUUUGAUGAAAGAGAUCAUGGGAACAACUGAUGUUCUUUGUCAAGCUCUACAACUCAAAUGUCAAGAUAUUGUGAAUGCAGUGCAUUUAGUUUCUACUACCAAGUCAUUGAUCGAAAAGUUGAGAAAACAUGGUUGGGAGGCUUUGUUUGGUACAGUGAAGUCAUUUUGUAAUCGUUAUAAGAUAGAAGUUCCUGAUCUUAAUGCCCCAUUUACUAUGAGCAAAGCUAGAUCUCGCCGCAAAAAAAGUCAUGUCACAGUGGAGCACUACCAUCGGGUUGAUAUAUUCAUUGCUACAAUUGAUUCUCAGCUGCAUGAACUAAUUAAAUAG